AUGUCCAAUCGAUACGACAGGCCCUAUCAAGGGUCCUCCAGUAGGCGCCAGGAUGACCGCAACGGGUCUCGCUACGACGACGACUACAGCCGCAGGGACAACAGAGACAGCCGGGAUAGGGGAUACGACAGGGACUAUGACAGGAGGAGAGACAAUAGGGAUUACGACAGGGACAGGUAUAGAGACGAGAGGGACCGGUAUAGGAACGAUGAUAGGGAUAGGAGAAGGGGGGAUGAUAGGGACGAUAGGAGGAGAGACGACAGAGAUAGAGACAGAGGAGGCUACGAGCGGAGGAGAGACGACAGAGACAGGAAAGAACCGAGUCCCCGUCCUCCUCCUGCUUCCACUUCGUCUGCACCUCCCCCGGAGGGAGAGACGGAAGCAGAGAAGAAACAGAGACUGAAGAAGGAGAGGUUGGAGGCAUGGAAGAAGGAACGCGCCUUGAAAGAAGGCAAGCCCGCUACCGCCACUCCUGAAGUCAGAAGCCCUGCACCUCCCUCGAAUCUUCCAUCAAAACCAGUCGGAUUCUCAAUGUCCCGCAUCGGUCUCCCCCUCAAAUCUUCUGCUCCUCUGAAGCGAUCCCUGACUGCCCUCGAUGAUGAAGACGAGUCGGACCGCAAGCUGCAAAAACUCGACUUGCCCGAUUUCGACCGACAAGUCCAGUCUGGCGAGGCUGCCAAAAUGGGCGCUAUUGGUGACGAUUUGGCGGUUGCCGAUGGGGAUGAAAAUGAAGACGAUCAAAUAGUCAAGGAAGAGUCGGACAAGAUGGAAGUGGAUCAGGAAGAGGAAGAAGAGGAGGACCCUCUAGAUGCUUUUAUGAAGCAAAACACCAAAGAUGUGUCUUCGGUCAAUGACAAGGACGCCAGGAGGAUGGGCCUGAGGGUAGCCGAAGAUGCCAGCGAUGAUGAAGAGGAUAAUACCAAGGUUGUGGAGAAGGACAAGCUUGCCGAGGCGGAGGCUCUUCUAGCCCAAGCAGCUGCGAAAUCACGCAAGAAGGAUCUGCCACCUCCAGAUCACUCCAAGAUUGAUUACGAACCUUUCCGCAAGGCGUUCUACGUACCCCCAGUGGAGGUCCUCGAGAUGGACGAGGAGGAAGCCGAGUUGAUGCGUCUGGAGAUGGAUGGUAUCAAAAUCCGAGGUACAGAUGCCCCGAAGCCGGUCAAGAACUGGGGAGCCUUCGGUCUGCCUCAGGGAUGUCUCGAUGUCAUCAGACACUCUGGAUGGGAGUCUCCCACAUCUAUCCAAGCUCAGGCCAUUCCCGCCAUCAUGUCAGGUAGAGACGUCAUCGGCAUCGCCAAGACUGGUUCCGGUAAGACCGUCGCCUUUGUUCUUCCCAUGAUCCGUCACGUCCGCGACCAACGUCCCGUCACCGGUUCCGAAGGCCCCAUUGCCAUCAUCAUGUCCCCCACCCGAGAGCUCGCCACCCAAAUCUACAAAGAGUGCCAGCCGUUCGCCAAGGUGCUCGGUCUGAGGGUCACGUGUUGUGUCGGUGGCUCGUCUAUCAGUGAAGAUAUUGCGGCAAUGAAAAAAGGCGCAGAGGUUGUCGUCUGUACACCGGGUCGUAUGAUUGAUCUUCUUACUGCCAACAACGGUCGAGUCGUCAACGUUCGACGUACGACGUACAUGGUCAUGGACGAGGCCGACCGUAUGUUUGACAUGGGUUUCGAACCCCAGGUCAUGAAGAUCAUCAACAACGUACGACCUGAAGCCCAAAAGGUACUCUUCUCUGCCACUUUCCCAAAGACCAUGGAAUCGCUGGCAAGGAAGAUCCUGAUCAAGCCUUUGGAAAUUACCGUUGGUGGACGAUCUGUCGUUGCUCCUGAAAUCGACCAGCGUGUCGAAGUCCGUGAAAGCGAUACCAAAUUCACCAGACUGCUCGAGAUCCUGGGUGAGAUUGGCGAAGAACACAAAGACGACGAAGAAGACUUCCGAACCCUCGUUUUUGUUGACAGGCAAGAAUCCGCGGAUGAUCUGUUCAGAGAGCUGUUACAGAGAGGUUAUGUUUGUGCUUCUUUGCAUGGUGGUAAAGAGCAGGUGGACCGAGAUGAGGCGAUCAAGAACUUCAAGAAUGGCGAUGUUCCCAUCAUUGUCGCGACUUCCGUCGCCGCACGAGGUUUGGAUGUCAGAGAGUUGAAACUCGUUCUUAACUACGACGCCCCCAACCACAUGGAAGAUUAUGUUCACCGAGCUGGUCGAACUGGGCGUGCAGGAAACAAGGGAACGUGUAUCACAUUUAUCACCCCUGAGCAAGAGCGGUUCUCCGUCGAUAUCGUGCGUGCGCUCGAGGCGAGUAAGGCAUUCAUCCCGGACGACUUGAAGAAGAUGUCAGAUGGCUUCCUUGGCAAGAUCAAGAGCGGAAAAGCCAAAGCUGCCAGCACUGGGUACGCUGGAAAGGGUCUCGAACGUAUCGAGCGCCGCCGAGAGGAGAAGGACAGGGCCGAAAAGACCACAUACGGCGAUACCUCGGAGGCUCUCUCCCUCUCUUCCCGUGAAGGCGCAGUCAUUCCUUACAAAGCCAAGACGAACGAGUUCAAGCCUCCCGAGACAUCUCACAAGGGCGAUGCGGACUACACCUUCACAGAGAUCAAGGUGGACAUCAUCAAUGGCCCUGCCCCAGACCGUGUCACUCAGGCGCCCACGUUCGAUGCCAAGAAUGCCGUUUCCUCGCUUCCUGCGCAGACUGUCGCUGCUCUCAAGAAGGCCGAGAAGGAAGGGAGACACGUCGAUGCUGCUCGCUUCGCCAGUGUUAUCGCCAAGCUCACUCAAUCUAUCGAGCUCACCAAAGCCGAGAGGCUUGGUCUGGCCGAUGCUCCAUCUGCUCCCCGACUCGGCGUGGGUGCGCGCACAAAAGACCCGGAUGCUACCGAUUGGCACGCCAUCUUCCCCAUCAAUGACUACCCUCAGAAGGCUCGUUGGAAAGCUACCAACAAGGAGCAGAUGACCCUUUUGCAGGAAGUUUCAGGGGCAAGUAUCACCAUGCGUGGCAGGUACUAUUCGCCCGGAGAUGAACCUGGUCCAGGGGAUGAGCCCAAGCUCAGUCUGCUCAUUGAGAGUAACGAUGAGAUGAGGGUGAGGGCGGCUGUAGAGGAGAUCAGGCGUGUAUUGGUGGAAGGAUCGGUACAGGCGUUGAACACCGUGGACCGCGGCGGCGCGUCAGGGAGGUACGCGGUGUAA